AUCGUUUCAGUUGCGGUUGAAAACGUGCACGGUAAAGUACAACGACAUGCGAUUUCACGCAUCGAGUAUCAUUUAAGGCGUUUCAGUUGGUUUUUGUUUGUUUUUAUCGAAUGCUCCAUGCUAAUGACACAAAUAACAAGACAAAAAAAUCUAUUAAUACUGACAAUUGUACGCAGAAAGAAAACAAAGAUAUAUACACACAUACAUACAUAUGUAUAUUUGAAAUAAAAACCUAACAAAACUGCGAAAAUCAAAUAAAACAAAUUAUUAAACGCCCCAAAAGCAAUGGAAAUCGGAGGUGAUAGAAGUCACGAAGAAAUUAUCGACCACUUACAGAAUUGGUUCGAAGAUAACAAGAAAUUGCCCAAUAAAAUUGAUCGCAUUGUCCUAACCCGUUUUUACUACUGCAUGUACAAAGAUGUUGAGGAAACAAAAAAAUUAUUGGAAAUCAAUUAUACAAUGCGCAACAAAAAUCCAGAAUUGUUUAUAGAACGUGAUCCCACAGAUGAAGAUACUCGCAAUACAUAUGAAUUUACAUACAUGGUACCACUGCCUGGCUUGACACCCAAAAACUAUCGAGUAACUUUUAUACGCUUCAAGAAUACAGAUCCAAAAUUGAUGCACUUUUCCCAAGAUGCCAAAACCUUGCUUAUGAUCAAUGAUUGCCGCUUUUGCCUACCAGAUGCUGUAGUGAAUAAUGUUCCUGUAGUGGCAGAGGGAGAUGUUCUGGUCAUGGACAUGGAUGGUUAUAAAAUGCAACAUGUCACUGGCAUUUCCUUGAAAACAUUGCGUACAUUUCUUAAGUUCCUAGAUCAGGCCUAUUCGGUUCGAAUCAAAGGCCUGCAUUUGAUAAACUGCCCUUCGUACUUAAAUAAAAUAUUGGCUGUGGUCAAACCGUUCAUCAGCAAGGAAGUAUAUGAGAUGAUGCACUUUCAUGUCAAUGGUGUGGAAAGUCUUUACGAACAUGUUCCCCGUGAAAUUCUUCCCGAAGAAUGUGGGGGCUACGCUGGCAAAGUCGAAGAUCUGUGUGAUGAAUUUCAUAAAACUUUAGUGCAGAAAAGAGACUAUCUAAUGGACCCAAAGUACUGGAAAAUUCAGUGAUCAUCUACUUUAGCAGUGUUAUUUAAUUUAAGAGUCCUGUACAUAUUUUUUUAUUAAAUUGGCAACAUAGAUAACAGUAUUUCGAAUUAGUUGUUUUUUGAGUAGAGCUAUUUAUAUGAAGUUAUGAAGUAUUUGUCGAUUCCAAUAAAAAUUUUGUAUAUAUGAUGCAAA